UCUGGUUUCACUUUUUUUAUAGGCUCAGAAAAUGACAUUUGUCGCGUUGCGCUCGCAUUUAGAAAUUUCGUUCAAAGAUUUUGUUUGAGGCAAAAAAAUGCCGCUUUAUCAAUAGCUAGUCUUUUGGUAAGAAAUUGAAGAGAUGAUCAGACAAUAAGCAAAGAAAACGCGGUCUUGACGAAUUCACCGUUUCAUAAAACGUCUACAACGUCGACAAGCAAUUCACUCAUACCAUCACGUUCGUGAACUUGUUUUGAAACAAAAUGGCCAAGAAAAGACCGAGACCGAAGUCUUCAGCCGUAACAGCUACACCUGCAGCUGCUGCCGCCUCUACUACUCUGCAGGAGGAGGCUGCACCGGGCGCCCCGAGCCCCGCCGCGCCGCCAGCGGACAUCAAGCUCUGCAGACUGUGUGAGACCAAGGACGGGCCAUUCCUCAAUAUAUUCGGCUCUGAGCAGAAUAUCUCCAGAAAAAUCGACGUCCUCAUGCCGUUUACCAUUUCCGAUAAUGAUGAACUACCAAACAAGAUUUGCUUCCGGUGUUCAGCCAAGGUGGAGGAGCUCCAUGAGUUUGUCCAGAAAUGUAUCUCAUCUCAGCAGAACCUACGCAAGGCCUUCGGUAAGAAUGACAAGCUUGUUAUCAAAACAAAAACACGCAGGAUGUGGGAAGAUAAGCUUUACAAGUUUAACAUUUCCAAUGAAGAAAUUUGUAAUGCCGUCAUUGAGAAGGCUAUGGCUGGUAUCAAAGAAUUGCCAACUAUUAUGCGUGAAACCCCUUCACCAACAGUGUCUGCCAAGAAAACUCUUCGCUCAGACAAAGCCAUUGCACCACUCAAUGACUCAAUCAUAUCAAACAAAAAGGCUAAACCAAGUUUAACAAAAACUGAAGAAACACCCCCACCAACAAGACCCACUAGAUCCAUGGCCCUUCACGAACAACCACCAGUGAAACCAGAGCCACCUAAACCACAAAAGCAAGAAGAAAAACCUGCACCAAAAAGUAAAAAAGUUGAACCGAAACCUUAUGGGCCAGCCAAAGUAACUCGUCAAAAACCACCUGUAGCAGUGAAACAAGAGCAACCCACCGAACCCAACAACAUUAUCAGUGACAGUGAUGAGAAAUCUGAUGAAAUAGACAAGACGGAGGCUGAAUCAAUAGUGCCGGAGACACUACCAGAGCCUGCAAAGCCAAAAGAACAGAAACCACCAUUUGAUAUCAUGAAGCAUGUCAGCAUGAUCAAGGUAAAUGGAGUUGGAGUCCUGUUCCAGUGCAGCCUGUGCGUCAGGAACUUUUUGAACAAAGAGGUGGUGAUGGCCCACGGCUGCGCCAAGACCGGAGUACCCAAAGUGGUCUACACACCGAGCCAGCAACAAGUCGAACCAAGGAACCCUAUAACUAGUGUAAAGUAUAUUAAUAACCAGUCAAAUGUGAAGUCACAACACGUGGUGAACGCAGAGGCGGCGGCCGCGCGGCCUAAACCGAAGGCGGGUCCUGCCAGCAAGGUGAAGAAAGUUGCAAUGGAUGGGAUGCCUUCAGUGGGUAUGAGGAUCAUGCCGCGAGAGCCUACUCCCCCUCCGCCACCCCCCGCGCCCGCCCCGCCAGCUGUCUCCUCCAUAGAGGUACCGACAAUACCAGGCAUGAAGAAUCGCUACAAACUCCUUCCCGGCCCCAACAAUACAUUCACGUUAGUCGAAGACUCAUCCCCCUCGGUCACAGCUCAACCUGUUGCCGUAAAAAGAAAGUCUGAAGACGUCAGCAACCACAUUCCCGUCCCAGAAAAGCGGAAGGCGGGCCCGAAGAGUAAAACGAAAAAACACAAGUCGAAACCGGGAGAUGUCGACGAGCAGAGUGCGAGUAUGCCGUAUCCAGUAGGGUUAUUCCACUCGGGCGGUGCAGCGGUGCCGAACCCCCCGCCCCCCGCGCCCGCGCCAGUCCCCGCCACCUUCACCACCCCUGCCAUGAAGAAGCAGUCCUACACGGUCGUACAGACCGGCAACCCCAGCAAACUACUCAUAUCCGCAAAGCCACAGCCGCCCCCAGAACCACCCAAACCUAAAAGCAAAAGAAGAUCCAAACAAGACCAUAAAACGGACACGGCACAAGAACCUUUCAAUGUGACGUUAGAAGAUGUGGCGCAGCCGAAAGAUCAGGGGUUCUUCACGUUUAUAAAUGUAGAUCCGUUGCUGCAACCCUCGUAUGUGCUGCCCACAGAUAAUAUCAUUCAGGAGUCACAGAUUACGUCGUCGGCGGUGGCGGGCGGCUCGAAACAGAGUAAAGAUUCGUCUCUAUACGAGUGUACGAUGUGUCCGGAGAAAUUUAGUCGCGAGAAGAAGUUGUUAGCUCACCUGCAGGCGCACUAUAACAAACUGGACGAAGAGACUAACACGCUGAUCGAAAGAAGCUCCAGAAGAAAGUCGAGAAAAUCCUAGAAUUUUCCCAAGUUUUGUAUAUAUUUUUUUUGUCGAUAUUUUUUGGAUACAUCGUCGGAAUUUGCCCAUAUGCCCAGCAUUUAUUACACAAUGCUACAAAUCCUGUGAUAAAAUUGGGAGUUUCAGUAACGAUGUAAAUGUUUCCGUUAUGUAUUUAACAGUAACAGACUUUUUAUACUUAGGUAAUUAAGUACAAUAC